AUGUCCUCUCAACAAACCCAUAGCCGCGACCCGCUUCGAGCUCCAGUGCAUCUGAAUAACGAUGAUCGAACUGCGCGUCAAACCCGACAUUCAUAUCACCCUGAAGAGGGAUACAUGUCCGUCAACAGCAAUGAAAGUCGACGCAGGAGUCAUGUUGUGAGAGGAAACAGCGGUAACUUGGAAUUGGUCAGGAGCAGGAGUGGCGAAACCGAAGUUCGUCGGUCAUAUGUUUCUAAUACGAAGGGCGGAUCGUAUGGGAAUCUUGAUCCGGGUCUCCAAUGUGUCGAGACGGUCCUUGUUCCUUCGCUAUCACGUCGUACAUCUAAGAGGGUACCACGAUUAGUCCCUAUCAACCGUCGAUCUGAGGCUGUUCCGUCACGAGAGAACGAAUUCUAUAUGACCCCGGUGCCUCAAGACGUUGAACAUGCCCAUUCACAGUCCUCCAUCAUGUUCCCUCGCCCGACCCUGGAUGUGAGGCUAGCUUCGGGGUACUCUCGUCGAGACAGUGUCCCAUUGCAAAGGAGUGAUCCCAACACACCCGGUGAUCGUCCAAAUCCUGUUCCAAGCCAGGGAAACGCCGUAUUUGGAAUAAACGACUACUCAUAUCAGCGUCGACGUGCGAGCUUCGGGUUCAACACAUUGGACAUGGCAUCAUUCACCCGACUCGAAUACCAUGCUCUCUCGGCAUUCGUAGAAGUCACAUCUCAACAUGUGCAAGAUGCAAUUCCACUACUAAAACGACACGGAUGGAAUGCGCAAACGGCGAUUGCUCACUUCUUUGAGGGUGACCUCGCCGAAGACGUCACCUCUUUCGAGAUACGUCGAAGUCCUCCCCUGCCCUAUCAAGCAGUUGACGUGAUUGCUUCCAACACUCUACUAGUUCAGGAAGAUUCGGUGCCCGAAGGAUUCUCAAAUCCACGUCAGGUUCAAAUUGCAACGCCUUUGUCUUACGACUCAGUCGAGAGGAAGAGGCAAUGUCUACGUUGCACGUAUCUGAACCAUUAUCAUCUCAUAGCGUGCGAGAUCUGUGAGGCCGAUCUACCAGACUUCACGUAUCCAAGGCCUCCCAGUCCACUAGCCAUCAGAGAGGCCUCGCGCUCUGACAUUAUAUCAACACCCCCUCCCGCGACAAUCAAUACUCGGGUUGAGUCUCUCCGCGGUUCGCCGGUGCAAAAGAGGCAUGUUCUAGACCAAGUCUUCAGUGGCCAUAGUGACGAGUUAUACGAGAAUCCACCUGUUCCGCUAAAAGCGUCUCGACGUCCAAGUACACCCUACCAGACGCCUUCCAAGCUCGAGCCAACUUCCCUGAGCAUGAUAGAGCCCAUUGACCUAGUGAAUCCCGCAAACGCGUGGUCAUCCACCAAAUUCUGGGAAUCUGCAAGUGAGUCUGACCCCGAAGGCGAUGUUGAGGCUGCAAGCGCAUUUGAAGGGUCUGAAACCCAACCUGAUGAACCUGACCUCAUUGUCUUUACUCCCGAGACGCGUGAGCUCAUCCAAAUACCUCAUGAUGAGAGUCCAAAGACUCCAUCUAUCACUCACGCAGGCGACGAGUUCCAACCCUUUCAAAUGCCGAGGAGUCCGCCGAGAGAAGACAUCGACUUCAAUGCCUGGGCUGACGAAACGUCUGCUUCGCCACUUGAUCUGCCAUCAGGCUUGGCUUCCGGGAUCAGUGAGAUGUCUCACAACGGGGUGGCUCGAGAAGGAUCUGUUGAAAAUGAGGGAACUGAAGCCGGUGAGAAGACCCCGGUGGAAACGGGAACUCCUCGGGUUCCUGGAGCUUGGUCGGACUCUCCGUCUGAUCCGACUCCGCUACCUGGUCGAUCACCUGCGAGUGCAAGUUCAAGUCCAAGUUUAAGUUCAAGAUUCAUCCAGACACUUGAAGAACGCAGACAUACUCAGCUGCCGCAGAGCCUGAAACUAGACGCGCGCCGAAGAUCUGAGGAUAGCGAGGAUUGCCGACAGCCUCAACGUCGAAAUUCGAAUAUCUUCCAGACUCCUGAGAAUAGUUCACGUACUCAGCACAUCCAGACUUCGACGCUCGGAUCCAUAGAUACACCAGUCCAGACCACCCCCAUGAUCCGAGUCCCACCCUCACUCAAUACUCCCCAUUCGCCCAACAACGGUGAACAUACCCAUAUCCUCCAAAGUGCAACCCCCUACGAGUUCCCAACACUAGACACCACCAGCCCCACCCAGCCGUUCCAAACCCCAACAAAUGACGCCCUCUACCCAUUUAAGAACGGCCAAACAUCCACCCUCCCAUCCCGAAGUACAUCACUAGAGGAUUUCGAAGUAUUUGAGUUCAGCCAGCCUUGUGCUUUAUCGGCUCGUAGUCUGAGUUCGAUUGCCCCCAAAACCGCUCUCGACACAAGCUUGACCUCGAGCCCAGACCUUGAUAGAAGCCCAUCGCCCUGUCCCCCGCCCCGCCACCGCGCGAGGUCUAGUCUUUCAAGUUUCGCGCCCCCGGCUCAGAAUUUUCUGCCAGUGGGCACGAGGCGGAGUAGUGUGUCGGCUGGUUUUACUAAUGAUGGGGCAUGUGUGCGUGGAUCGGGGUUGGGGGUUAGGAAUGUUGCGCGGCGGCUGUUUGGGGGGGAUAGUGGGGAGGAUGUGGAGAUGGGGUUGGCGGGAGAUGCGACGGAAGAGGUGCGCGUGCCGGUUGGGAAGGAGAAGGAGAAGGAGAAGGAGAAGGAGGAGGAGAAGGAGAAGGAGAAGGAGAAGGAGAAGGAGAAGGAGAAAGCGAAGGUGGGGGGCAAGAAGAAGGGCAAGGGGAGGAAGUAAGGACACGAGUUGUUUGGAGAGGUGAAUAGAUGGAUUGACAUGUGGGUGAGAUGGCGUUAGUGUUGGAGUCAGAAGUACUGUCAAGAAUCCUGAGCAUGAUGCGCAUGAGGAAUGAGCCCCCAUGCUAGCUUUUCUUAUCAUGAAUAUCAUGCAAUACGCAUAGACUAUGCGUGGAUUGGUUAGAAGUAUCAUCUUG